CUAAUAUAGAUAUUUUGUUUUAAUUAUUAAUUAUAAAGGAGUUUACUCGUUAAGAAUGAUUGUCUUAGAACAGGCACAAGGAAAAACUUACUAGAUUAAAAAUAAAAAACUGAUAUCAUAUUGGAACUAGAAAGACUGGAGAAAAAUGGACAAACAAAAAGUCAGCAAUUGAUUGUUCCUUACCAGCGUUUCUAUGGUAUCGUCUACACAAAAUAGAAUAGAAAAUGUCAUCGUAGUGUCAUGUGUGUGUAAAAGAUUAAGUUAUAAGUAUAUUUAAAAUAUGAAUUUUGUGAAAGAAUAUUUACAUGAUAGUGAUAAGCAUGAUCUUAGUCUUAAUUAUGCUUAUCCUGUAGUAAAUAACGAUCAACAGAUGAACAGUGUUAUAAUAAGAAAUGGUAAAAGUCCUCGUGAAAAAAUUGACAAGAUUUCAUUAAUAGAAGAUGGAUUAUAUACUUCAAGUAAUCCAUUUACACGCAAUGUGACUAAACCAUAUUUACUUAAUAACAUAAGUAUGUUAGAUCAUGAAACGACACCAAAGUUAUCUGGAAAAUUAAUAGAAAUUGCUAUACGCAGCGUGAACAUAUAUUCUAAGAAUGAUCAAAGCGAACCAAGCAUUGAGAUCACUUCUGUGUCACUUUUAUUUAGAAAGAAAGUUAUAUGUAAGACUAAUAAACCGUUUAAUAGAAAAUUACAUAAAUUAUUACUAAGGAACUCGGAAAGAAACAAUCUCUCGAUAGAAGUUUAUUCUAAAGAUGGUCAAUCUACUGUUUUGCCAUUACCAUUGCCAAAACAUUCAGUUACAAAUAAUAAUAUUGAGAUAGAAUUUGGUAUAGCUGAUAGUUCAGGAAAAAUUCACUCAGGUACUGUAGUGUGCACGGUUUCUUUAAUUUUACAUUGUCCGAGUCAAGAAGAAACUAAUACAACAUAUUUGCAUAGAUUAAGCAACGAUCCGAAUGAUCCACAAAAUGCUCUUUCUUUACAUAGACCGAGAAAAAAUAUAUCCAAUAGAGAAAUCAAAUAUUUUUUAUUAGAAGAUCCUGCUUUACGUUUUGAUAAUAUAGAAGAUAAUAUUGUAAUUAAAAAAAAGGAGGGACAGAUAAUGAAACCCCCAGAUGUAGCUGUAAUUGAACAACCUAUUCUUUCUCUUUUGGAUCUAUCUUUUAGAAAUUUAUUACAAGCAAGGCGUCCGUUAAGACCAUCCUCCAAUACGCAUCGACAUCACACCAUUGGUAAAGCUCUUCUUUCCGUUACUAUAUUACGUGGGGUGGAGAUACCGAUUAGAGAAGAAUCUGCAUUGGUUCAACCAUUGUUAGAAGUAGACUGGGGUGGUAUUAUUCAUACUACUCCAAUCGCAGAUGGUCCAGCACCGAUAUGGCAUCAAACGAUGCACUUUGAGUUACUACGAAAGAAUGAGGAAUAUAAUGUUAAGUUACGUUUAUACGAUCAGCAUCCAAUAUGGGGUCAGCAGUGGUUAGGUGAGGCAAGAAUACCCCUUGAACAUCAUAGAAAUUAUCAAGAAUUAGAACGCUGGGUAGCUUUGUCACCUUUGUGUAGUCCCAAAAUAUUAUUCGGUUACGUACAAGCCAGUCCUGGUCAUUCUCAUACAAGAAUUUAUACUUUGAUAAAGUUAGAGCUGCCUGGUAAUGCUAAAUUGAUGGAGGAUAGUACGAUUAAUACUCUGUUAAAAAAUGUUCAACGUUGUCUUUUAUCUCCAUAUAAAAUAACGGAUAUACAAAGUCCAGAAGAAGCGGCUAAACUAGUAAUGCUAUUACCAGAAGUGCCCAAUCAUUAUGGACCUUUAACGCCUCGUCAAGCUUUAAAUGCAAAUAAGGUUGAUCAUUACGGUCGCGCUGUUUUACUUGCAUCUUUACUUGAAAGUUUUGGCUCGCAAACAUACGUACUAUUAGGUUCUUCUCAGACAAGUAAAUAUGCAGCUUUUGUCUUAAGCAUAGAAGAAAAUACAGACACUGUUAUUUGGGAUCCUGAAACUAGCGAUCAUUAUAAAUUAGAUGACAGUCGUAGUCCUCUAAUUAAGGUUUCCCAUUUAGUUAAUUAUUCAGGUAUAUGGGAGAAUUUACAAAAGUCUAUAUUAGCGCAUAAUUUAAAAUACGACGUGAAAAGUAGCAAGGAUUGGCGUCCAAUAGGAAUCAUUGCUCCUUCUACUAGCGAACGUACCGUUCAAGUUCUUGAAUUGAACGUACACCAAGAAGAAGAAGAAGAAGAAGAUGAUGAAACUCUUCGUGAUUCGGCUAUGCAAAUGGAACAACAAUUACGUGAUAAAUUUUCCCAUUGGCGUAGUUCUGCCGAAUUAACAACCAUUUACAAUCGCCAUGCUAUCGCAGUCCUACGAAAUUACAUUUCAAAGAUCGAGGAUAAUAAUACGUCUAGGCAACCGGAUAAAAAAGAUUUGAAACAAUUGUACAGAGCUUAUUACAUGCACGGUUUCAUAUUGAACUUGAGACAAUCAAGUUUGGAGGAUUUAAUAGAACGCUUAGCUUCUACGAAAACCCAUAAUGUAACUGGUCCUGUUGAAUUUGCCAUAGUUUAUCAUAUAAAACGUUACAUCGGUAAAACUAAUUCAAUUUGGUUAGCAGUCGCAGUUCUUAGAAGUCGUGAUUAAAGAAUCAAUCUUUCUUUUUUUUUUUUCUUUUUAUAAUUGGACAUAUAAAAAAGUUUCCAAACUUUUGUACUUAAUAUUUUGUAAAGUCUUCAUAAUAUGGCAAUGCAUCAAUUAUCAUGUAAGAUGAUCAUCUAUUAAUUUUGGUCGUUGUAUCAAAACAAAAAAAAAAAAAGAAAUGUUAUAAAAUACUUAGCAGUUGUGCUUAAAAAUGAAGAGAAGUUUAUCAGGAGUGAUGUGAGAAAGAGGACUCGUGACCUCUUUUUAGCAUCGCACAGCAAUGCUGCCCUUUAUCUAACAGUUAUAUUUUUUAGUUACAUUGCGACAAUGACAAAAACACAUAUUUAACAACAGGGAUAUUAUCUAAACACUCUUCUCUCUUUUCUCUCUCUCUCUCGAUUAUAAUAGAUAAAGAAUUAAAACAAUGGAUCCCGGUUUGCCUCAUUCAAUCAUUCUUCAUAUUAAUGUAUACAUGUAUAAAUAUUUUUUUAAAUAUCUAACACGCCAUGUUUUACACGUUUAUUUAAUAGACAUGAUUUCAUUGGCACGCUUUAUACGUGGCGAGAGAUAAUUGUUUAAACAAUUAAGCGUGUGUCCUGUUGACGAAUAGGACCAAAGAAAUUAAAGAAAAAAAAAGAAAAGAAAAGAAAUAAUCUAAAAUAUUGGACGAUGAACAAUUUCGCAUUUUUAUGAGUCCCUUUAUUUAUUUAUUUAUUUAUUUAUUGACUUUUUUCUUCUUUUUUUUUUUAAUUUAAUUUACGUGAUCAGUUCUUUUAUAUAUUCGAAAUAUAAUAAUGACAAUAGGAUAAGAAUAUUCGUAGAAAAAUGUUCGUAUAAAAUUGCUACUGAAAAAUUUGGACGAUUUUUCUUUAAAUAACAUUCCCUCGGAUAGAUAGUUGGAAUAAUAAUAUUAAUUCGAAAAAAGUGGAAUACAAAACAGGAUUGUCUUUGAUCCUUUGUUUUUUUUUUUUCUUUUUUUUUUUGCUUUCUCUCUCAUUUUCUUCCCUCUCUCUCUCUCUUGUUUUUCCAAAAUUUGUUUCUUUUUGUGCGUAAGAUAUUAAUUAAAUAGUGUGUGUAAUAUUACAGAAGAAUUAUCAUAAUUCCAAUGAAAAGUACAGGAAUUGUGUUGAUUGAGAGAAAGGGAAGGAAAAAAAAGAAAGUAUACAAAAAAAAGAAUGUUUCAUCGCGAGACAUUUUCAUGCACAAGUUGCAUUCCCGGUAUUAUUAUUUUUUUGUAAUAUUUGUAUAUUUGUUUAUUUAAAUUAAUGCGGCUAUGUGUGACCGAAUUUCGAUCCUGCAUUAUCUUAUUUUAUUUUAUUUUCUUAACUAUGUCAAUGAAUUUUUAAUUAUUUGUUGCAUUUAAUUAGCAUUGAUUUUUUGCAUUCCAAAUAUUUUGCAUUGUUGAAAGGGGUAGUAUAUGUGUCUUUCGAUCAUCGUAAAUUAUUGUAUUUCCAUCCCCCAUUUCUUACCUUUCCCUUACCCCUUUUUUUGCAACAUUUCUAGUUUACAUGCUUUAUAUAUAUAUAUAU